GAAGGUGUAACAAGUGUCCGGAGUCUAUCGUGCAUGAUUUUAAGGUUGAUACAUAGCCUCUAUCAUCAAUAACAUCGCACCUUUUUGAGUCGCUCAUUCCUGGGCGAAGAAUGGCAACGUGCUGAUUUGGUGAUCAACAAGGAAGGUUGAUUUCCUUCUGCUCGACAGUACUGAACUUUCCUCGUCGCGUGACGAGCUACUUUAGACACCAUUAAAAGAGAAGUGGGAUUUCAAAUCUGGAACAGAAACACCAACUCACUCUGGGAUUGACACACUCACUGGAAGUCUGUCCGUCUGUCCGUCUGUCUCGAUUUGUUGCAUACCACUCACUCACCCAUCAACCCUUCACUUUUUUGGCUCAACAUCCAAUGGCACUUCUUCACCGAUUUCUUCGUCUGAACGAUCACAAGGAAACGGGCAUAUUCACAUUCAUCGUGACAAAAAAUGUGACCCGGGAUUCGCACAGAGAUGUGACCAGCAAAGACUUUUGGUACGGCUAUCAUCGUUGGGCUGUGGCGUUUAGUCGGCAUGAGAAAACGGUGGGCAUCUACUUGGUGUGGCGCAAUGCCUCUGAAGGCAUGAAAGUGACCUUGGAUUUCAAUCUGAUCCUUCUGAAUCGAGACCACUUCUCUCAGAAUCAAAUCUUUAAUCGAAAGCGAGUCAAAUUCAGCCACGAGUCCCCAGGAAAUGAAACCACUCAGCCAGCCAUAUCAACUAGACGCUCGAAUGAAUUGCGAGCAUCCAAUCAAGCUACUAGGACGUGUAGUUAGUUCCUUCCCAUAGAAUCGGAGGCGAUUCUUUGUGUCAAGUUUCUUUUCUCAACUUGCUUACCUAGAUUGAGGAGAAAUCGGGUCUGACAAGUGACAGUUGAUGUACGGGGGAGAUCAUCUCUUUCGUCCUAAAAAAUCUUCUGGCAAUAUUUCAAUCCUGCGAAGAACUUGAAAGCUUUUGACUCCACUCGAUGAACGGAGAGAAAAUCCGCUUCAAACAGCUUGAGCUGAGCUCUGAAAAGUGAUGGCUGGGUUUGUGCUCGUUCCUCAGUUAGUACUUGCCCAUUGGCGGCUUUCUCCUCUUUUUCCACUGGCUGUACUAUACACUGUACAUACGUACGUAAAGGAAAGGGCACUUGCCAUGGUUGUAAAGGUGUUGAGGAUGAUCAACCGCUGUAAAUGAGCAUGAUCCAUUCCAAUUCAAAGUGAGAACUUGAGCUCUUGGAAUCCCUCGGCCAAUGAAUGAAUUGAUUGCCCUCAGUCUGUAUCUCUUCCUGUUUUUCCCUCGUACUCUAGCCAUCUUUUUCGGUGUCUGCUCCUGUUUCUCUCUCUGUCUCUUGGUAACUUCAAGAGCCCCUUCCGUCCUUUUCAUUCUGAUUCUUUCCGUUGGUCUCGUUCAAUCCACUCGUAUUUCUUGUUGUGCCAAGUUUGUUUGACCGAAAAGAUUGAAAGACGAGAAAGGUCGCUUCCUCCUCCUCGUUAUUUUCAUUCUCAGUCGUCAUCAUCGUCAUCAUCAUCUUCAGCUUCAGCUUCGUCGUCGUCAUCAUCUUUUGACUUUACGAGGCCUUUAUUUCUUUCAGCUCAAGUUGUUUUAAAACCACUACAUGGUGCCCUCAGUCCUAAGAGAGGGACGCUAAGAUGGAUCUUUUAGCUAACGUUGAAUGAAACACCAUUUUGAAGCAAACUCACGGGGGAGUCUUGCAAAGCUAUCUUCUAAGUCAAUCCCACUUCAAAUAGAUUAACUAGUUUUUCUUGCUUGAAAUGGGCUUUCACUCACAUGUCAAAAGCCGAAUAAUAGAAUGAAAUGAAUUUGUGGCUUUUGGGUCAUUCAACAUCCCUUUAUAGUAUUUUCUUUUUUUUUACUUAAGCUUUGUGCGUGUUAGAGUGUUGGAGCGCUUUGGUUGAUAUGGUUGUCCAAUUUUAACCCCUCGAUUAAUCACUUAAUCAACCCAUCAAUAUUUCCCAACUCUCCUUACCUCACUGUCUGCCUGUCUAUCUAUCUGUACGCCUUUCUGACGUUUUGGCUGGCUUUCAACUCCUGUUGCCGCAUCUUUCAUGGGUCGGAACAUGGAACAUCAUCUAUUCCUUGACCCGACCCACAUGAUGGUUGAUACUGUUUGCCUCCUUUCACGGCUCAUUUCAUCUCGCUCUUCCAUCACGCUUGAUUACGGCCACAGUUCAGGGAACGCAAAAGUUUCUGUGGCUGAACACUUUAGAAAAUGAACAUUUCAUGGAUCGGAACGGUGAGUUCCAAAUUGAAGUGGGCCUCUCCUCGAUUCAUUCCGUGUUUGAGCACAAGUUCAAAUUGAAUCAGUCCAUCUUUGCUCAUUCGUCCAAGUUGGGCAAAUUCGAGACUGCCUAUUUCAGCCAAGGGCACUAUGACUGGAGCUUGGCGCUCUAUCCAAACGGCAGAGCCGACUCUCAAAUUGGCGUGCCCGAAGGCCAAACGGGCUCCAGUGUCACGGUUUAUCUGACCCGCCAUUCGGGUCUGGAUCGUACGUGUCGGGUGAAGUUCAUCUUGAAAUUGGGCGAUGGGGACGCGCAGAUCGAUUCCGGGAUGCUGGACGAGGCCUCCGAUUCAGACGGACGGAGCUAUGGGUGGCUACCACGGGCCAAACUCGCCGAUUUAGUUCACAAAGGAACGCUGAGGUUGGUCGUGGAAAUGGUUUCGGUCAAUGUGGUGAGUUUGGUGGAGUUACCGGUGGUUCCACCCAAUCCCAUUGGCUGCCCACUUUAUGAUAACGACAAACACACUUGGGAACUCGAGUCAGAUCUGAAUGGGGACACUUUGCGAUUGCGACUCGUGCACAAGGAUGCCAAGAACAUACCCAGGAACCACAUCAGAUACGUCUGUUGGGCAGUGUACUUGUUGAAAACCCACCCCAAGUUGAAGAGCGCCUUGGGGGAAGGAGAUAACGCCCCUCGAGAAUACACGGCUAAAAUUCCAAUGGAUCAGAAGUUCUACUUCCAAUACUACGUACAAGAUGACACUGAAGUCGGAACGCUCAUGGAUACGAAAAUCCCUUUAAAAGAGAUUGUCGAGCCAAAUUCAGGUUAUUUGAAAAAUCGAACGGGGAUUCGCAUUCACGUGGAAUGGUUGCAUUCUUGCUUGUUGUUUCAAGCCACUUAUCACCACUAUGAUGAUGUCACACGAGUUCAAACCCAUCAAAUGAGGCAAGAGAUUCAGAACUUGAAGCUGGAAAACGAGAUGCUGGACCAAAGAAUCAUGACUUAUGAGGCGGAUGGCAUGUUCAGUGUCUGUCCCUCAGCGGUGGGUGGUGGUGGUGUGGUCGGAGAAGGAUCAGUGGGACUAAUAUCAUCUUCUGAUGGAAGUCAGAGGCGAUCCCAUCUGCCACUUGCGGGCAAUAAUGGACCUCCGGGGGGCUCGGCCGGUGGAGCUGCUUACAACCAUUCGAGUAAUCCUAGCGGCAACAGCGGCACACUCAGAGAUGAGGACAAAGAUUUCAUGCCAAAUGUUUUCUCAAAAUUCUAGACCUUCUACGAACGUACCUACCGUAUACGUGGCCAACUUGGUCUUGCUUCUUGCUAAUUUAAUCCACUGAGCAAAUCUAUAGUGCCAUAAGAAGUCAAAAUGAUUGCAUGAUAAGAAUUACGUGUAUUUUUGUUCCUAAUAUGAAUGCUCUCGGAAGAUCUCUCAGCCUCUGGCCUUUUGUUUCGUGAGCUUUGUUUUGAAUGCAACUUUUCCACAUUCUUUCGUAUUCGUCCCGCCAGCAUCAAACAAUUCAGACAUUUUGAGGAUUAAUUGCUUAAUUGGUCACAAAUGUGAGCUUCUAUUGACGCGUCAUCAUACAGAUUAGUACCAAUAUUGCUAUCCUUCGAGGAGUGCUCGAAAUUUCAUAAAGGGAUGCAAAAUUUCCCAUCGAGGAGCCGAAAGUGAAUUUGAUGCACUUACUAAUAAUUGCCGGCCGAUUUACUGUAAAGUAUUGUUGGGCCAUUAUGAGCAAAAGCUUAAAAGCCCAUUUAUUUAGUCCUACUUCAGAGGCCAACGUCGCUAAUUUACUGUUUGCCUCCCUUAAUCGCACAUCAGUGCAUUUUCUAUGUAGAGGUUGUCUCAAUUUAGUGCCCCAAGUUAAUAAUAAAUUGCUCUGAACUCUGAUCAGUCCUGAACAGUCCUUAACAAAAAUGAGUUGAGCUUCCAUUCAGAUAUUGUAAAAUAUGAGGUUAAUCUUUGGUUGUA